CUAACCAGAAUUUGUUCUUCCUUCUCAUUCCCGCUACAGAUUUGGCAAGGUAAAAAAAAAACAAAAUGCUUUCGCUGCAGAAUCAACGUCAACCAAAGACAACACCUUUGGUGGACGACUAUGAGAUAUCGGAUACGGUCCUGGGCCUGGGCAUUAACGGCAAAGUGGUGCAGUGCACCAAUCGGCGCACCAAACAGAACUAUGCAUUGAAAGUGCUACUGGACAAUGAGAAGGCGCGACGAGAGGUCGAUCUGCACUGGCGGGCCAGCGGCUGCAAGCACAUUGUCAACAUCAUCGAUGUCUACGAGAACACCUACAGCGGUCGCAAAUGCCUGCUGGUGGUAAUGGAAUGCAUGGAGGGGGGUGAGCUGUUCCAGCGCAUACAGGACAAAGCGGACAGCUCGUUUACGGAACGCGAGGCGGCGCAUAUAAUGCGCGAGAUAUGCGAGGCCGUUUACUAUCUGCAUAGUCGGGAUAUUGCCCAUCGGGAUCUCAAGCCGGAGAACUUGCUCUAUACGACAAAGCAACCAAAUGCUAUACUAAAGCUCACCGAUUUCGGUUUCGCCAAGGAGACCUUCACCAAUGACACUCUACAGACGCCCUGCUAUACGCCGUACUAUGUCGCGCCAGAGGUGCUUGGCCCCCUAAAGUAUGACAAGAGCUGUGACAUCUGGUCGCUGGGCGUGGUCAUGUAUGUUAUAAUGUGCGGCUUUCCGCCGUUCUAUAGCAUCAAUGGCCUAUCCAUAUCGCCGGGCAUGAAGAAGCGCAUACGCAACGGUCAAUAUGAUUUUCCCGAUCCGGAAUGGACGCACGUCAGUCAGGCGGCCAAGGAUUUAAUCAAGGGCAUGCUCAAUGUGGAUCCCAGCAAGCGUUUGCGCAUCGAGGAUGUGUUGCGCAACAAAUGGAUAGCACAAUAUGAUGCCGUGCCCCAAACGCCCCUCUGCACCGGCCGCAUACUAAAAGAGGGCGAAGAGACUUGGCCGGAGGUGCAGGAGGAAAUGACACGCUCGCUGGCCACCAUGCGUGUCGAUUACGAUCAACAGAUGCAAAUUAAAGCACUGGACAAGUCCAACAAUCCGCUGCUGACGAAGCGCAGGAAAAAGAUUGAGGAGAUUUAUGCGGUUCACAGCAAGUAAAUUGCGGCCGCUAGCGAAGCCACAAAAACAACAACCAAGGAUUAAAGGACAAACGCCAAACCUUCCUCCCUCUAUAAAAGAUAAAAUAUAAUAUAAUAAGAUGUGCCCCAAUAUCGGGCUGUUCUUAUUAUAUUACGCUUUAUCGCCUAAUACUUAAGAGUUGUACAAUGCUAUAGAACACGACAAAAGUUUUACAACUUCUAUAUCUGCAUACAACAGGGAUGGUAGCCCACUCCCCCACCCCCACCCCCCGCCUCUUUCCCAUUAUCCGCGCACUUCUUGACUAUGUUACAUUAAUUUUUGUUUGUCUUUAUGUGCAUUAUUCAUAUCCUGUAUAUGUAUGUAUUGUAUAUCCAUUUCCAGUAAAGGUUUUAAGGGUAUUCUUAGUGUGAGAAAAGUGCUCUUUCAAAUUGAAAUAUAACUUAUAUAGAAGCGACAUAACAGAAAACCUACGCAUAUACCUACUAUACUUAAUAUAUAUAUAUAAACAUAUAUUAUAUAUAUAUAUAUGCUUAUAGUAUGUCGCUAGCUACAGCCCCGACUUAUAACAACCUGAAUUUUAUUGAGUUAAUAUUUGUUUUAUCAUUUAAUUAUUUUUGUGACUUGUGUACUUGUGAAUUUUUGUUUUGCAUGCGAAAUGAAUGACAAAAAUCAUGUUUAUAAUUUAAUUUUUAAUUAAAAACAAAAGUGCAUGUAUGUCCCAAACAGCUGUCGAUUAACUUAAGCAUUAGCCCUGCUCCAGUUGACAUGUCGAACACGUCUACGUUUAUCAUCUUGUGCUGAUCACAGCUCUAUGCAAGCUAUACAAUUUAUCAUAUAAAUAAAGUAUUUGUAGUUUAUAAAAUCGAGA